AUGCGCGCUCUUCGAUAUCACGGAAUCAAAGACCUGCGGGUCGACGAUAUUCCCGAACCUAAAUGUGGAGACACCCAGAUCAAAAUCAGGCCUGCAUUUUGUGGAAUAUGCGGGACAGACUUACACGAGUAUUCGUCCCCAACAUUCAUCCCUCAAAAGGAUGCUCCCCAUCCCGUCACUGGGGAAACGAUGCCGAUUGCGAUAGGCCACGAAUUCAGUGGAGAAAUUCUGGAGAUCGGGUCGAAAGCGGAGAAUCCGACCAAGCUCAAGGUUGGCGACAAGGUUGCUGUCCAGCCUACCGUUUGCUGUUUCAAAUGCGGGCCGUGUGGUGAUGGGUACAUCAACUGUUGUGACAGUUCCGGGUUUGUCGGGCUGAGUGGUGGCGGAGGAGGCAUGACCGAUGCUGUGUGCGUGGAUCCGCAGUUCGUCUUCAAGCUCCCGGGACAUAUCCCUCUGGAUGUUGGUGCUCUUGUUGAACCGCUCGCUGUUGCGUGGCAUGCCGUCGAUCAAUAUCCCAUCAAAGAAGGUGAUGAGGCCUUGGUCAUGGGUGCUGGGCCAAUCGGCCUAGGAGUGAUUCAAUGCUUAAAGGCGCGAGGGGCCAAGACCAUCAUUGCAGUCGAAGUCGCCAAGGAUAGACAGAAAUUUGCUGAGCAGUUUGGUGCAACUCACGUCAUCGAUCCUACGAAAGAGGAUGUGGUCAAACGGGCAAAAGAGAUAUGUGGUGGGAAUGGACCGCACGUCGCGUUGGAUGCCGCUGGUGUGCCUCAAAGCGUCAAAUCUGCGGCACUGGCGGUGAGGGCUAGAGGAACGGUGGUGAAUCUGGCAAUAUGGGAGAAGGAGAUCCCGUUCCAGCCAAACAACUUUGUUUUUGGAGAAAAGAAGUAUCUCGCAAUCCUAGGAUACCUCAAGGAGGACUUUGCGGGUGUCAUCGAAGCUUUGAAUGAUGGAAGCCUGAAGCCAGAGCAGAUGAUCACCAGCACCAUAAAGAUUGACCGAGUUGUCGAAGAUGGAUAUCGUGCCUUAAUCCACGAGAAGGACAAACAUGUCAAAAUCUUGGUUGAUUGCAGAGCGUGA